AUGCAGCAAGAUGGCGGAACAAUUGUUGACAACGUGUCUGACGAAGGUCUAACUGAGACGCCAAAUGCGGCAGAUGGUGCUGCUGCAGGUUUCAACAGCCCGAGACCGCUUCGGAAUCGUGAGAUAAUUGAACCACAACUCCUGUCACCUCGAGUUCGCCGCCCGACCCGAAUGGCCACGAGUCCAUUAAGUGGCACACUUGGUGGUGGAGGAAAUGCGCGAAAGCGACAACGCAAAACUCCGGUCAAAGUGCUUUUGACCCACUCCGCCCUCAUGGAUCAUUACUCGAGCUCAGAGCGUGAAGCUAUAAAACGGGCAUGUGACGAGGAUCUGAGAGCUGUGCUGCAAGUGUUUCACGAAGCCCUCUCUGAAGCUGACAAGACCGACAUUUUUGCCUCGCCCGUGACUGACGACGUAGCCCCGCAUUACUCGGAGACGAUCACGCGUCCAAUGGACUUCGGAACGAUUCAGAACAAACUGCAUAAGUACAGAAGCUUUCGCGACUACUUCGCCCAGGUGGAACUAGUGUUUUCCAACGCGAUCAAGUACAAUGGCUGGGACUGCUUUAUUGGUGGUCUUGUGGAGGACAUGCAACAGUACUGCACCAAGUUUCUGCUGGAUGCUGUGGGCGUGAAUCUCCAAGGGCACUCAGCCCCUGCAGCGAAGAAAAGUAGGAGAUCAGCGGACCCCGCUUUUCACGCGGGCAACAAGUCAUCGUCUGCUGUAGCCGGUAAACAGCGAGCCCGUCGAAAACCUUCCGCUACUGGUUCAGAAGACGAAGAAGAAAGCUGGCAUAGCAGCGUAUCAGAAAGUGAAGAGGACGAGGACGAGGACGACGAGAUCGACGAAGAUGAUGAUGACGAGGAUUUCAGUGAUGGGUCCGACUAUGGCGGUACAGGAAGGAAGCGACAGCUUCGGCGGCGUGCAUCAGGCCCAAAGAAGCAAGAAAAAGAAAACCAGGCGGCGCUACUAACGUGCCAUGCGGGCAGCGACCAUUGCGGUAACAGAAGGAGGUGCGACGUCGGCAUGUAA